CUAAAGGGCGGCAUGGUAAUAAGCGGCGUGGUACGUGAUGACGUAGGCGCCCCUGCGGGUCCCGAUUGCUGCAGCCGCUUGUCAGUGUGACGAAGAUUGGCAGCGGGUUACAGGGCCCCAUUCUGCAGAGGAACACAGCCAUGCAGGAGCAGUGGGGAUAGAGAAGCUGAGAGGUUCAAGGCGAGUGUGACGGCACAAGCACAAACAUUCUUUCCCCACACAGAUACUGGCUCAGGAGCCCAGGCCCACAGUCACCGUGAUGUGAAAGGCCAAGGCGCAGGGCAUCAUGAUGUCUGCUGAGAGACUGGACAUGGACAAUUACUCAGAGGAACAGCAGUUACAAGUCAUCACUCAGUUUAAGACUGAGGAAGACCCUGUGUGUGUCAAUCCGUCUGACCCAUCCCCUGCGUCUGGGGAGAAUCCUAUGGAGGCGGAUAAACAGUCCAUAUACAGGCACCCACUCUUCCCCCUUCUUGCUCUGCUCUUUGAGAAAUGUGAAGGCUGCACACAGGGGGCCGAAGGCACAACCUCCGCCAGCUUUGACUUGGAUAUUGAGACAUUCGUCAGGCGCCAUCACAAGGAGGGCAAGGAUUUCUUCUCCGAUGACCCAGAGACUGACAGCCUGAUGGUGAAAGCGAUCCAGGUGCUGCGGAUCCACCUGUUGGAGCUGGAGAAGGUGAAUGAGCUCUGUAAGGAUUUCUGUAGUCGCUACAUCUCCUGCCUGAAGACUAAAAUGAACAGCGAGACGCUGCUGAGCGGCGAGGCUGCCGGUCCUUACUCACCUGUACAGAGUGGGAUCAGCUGGGGUGGAACUAAGGAACGGAGUGGGAUCGGUGGGACCCUCAGCCCGCAGGGAAUUGUACUUCCAGCCUCAGCUUUGCAGCAAGGGAAUGUGGCCGUGGCAACCAUGGCAGGUGGCACUGUGUACCAGCCUGUGACUGUUGUUACCCCCCAGGGGCAGGUUGUGGCUCAGGCUCUGUCCCCUGGCACCAUCCGCAUUCAGAACUCUCAGCUGCAGUUACAGCUCAGUCAGGAUCUGGGGCUUCUGCACUCGGAUGACGGAUCUGGAAAGAACAAACGAGGGGUCCUUCCCAAACAGGCCACUAACGUCAUGAGAUCCUGGCUCUUCCAGCACAUUGGGCACCCGUACCCCACAGAGGAUGAAAAGAAGCAGAUUGCGGCGCAGACAAACCUGACGCUGCUCCAGGUUAAUAACUGGUUUAUCAAUGCCCGACGCAGGAUCCUGCAGCCCAUGUUGGACUCCAGCAGCAGCGACACCCCCAAGGCCAAGAAGAAGAGUGGGCAGAGCCGCCCGGUGCAGAGAUUCUGGCCCGACUCCAUAGCCGGGGGGGCACAGCCGGGCACAGACAUUGGCAUUGCUGAUGGCACCGUCGUGACUCUGUCGGCCCCCGGGGGUCUCGGAACAGACAGCUUGCAGUCGCUGACAUCGGACGGCGCCACCCUGGCCGUGCAGCAGGUGAUGCUGGGGGGGCAAAGCGAUGACGACUCGCUGGAUACAGACCAGGAGGAAACAGACACUGGAAUCAGUGAAGGGGAGCUGAGGGGACUGGUACUGAGCAGCGGGGGGCUGCAGUGAUACAGAUUGCUCCCUACUGCCCCGUGGGUUGCACGGAACUCUCCUUGGGGGGGCGCCCAUGUAACCUGCCCACAGUGUGCUGAACUGCCCCCCGCUGCCAAUCACCGUAUCCUUCACUUGUGACAAUGAAUUUUGCACCUUAAUAAGUGGACUGUGGCUCCCAGGGGUCCCCUAGAGCCAAGGGGGAAGUGACCCAAACAGAACCGGAGCGGGGGCUUUGUCAUGUGGACAAUAAAGGGCUCUCCCAGCCCAGAAAGGGGGAUUUUGUAUGAUGUGUAGGUCACUGCCGGCCAGAUGGUUGGUCACUUGUGUUAUUAUUAUCCCGGGGUGUCUCGAGUGAGAGUGCGGGUGGCUCUCACACUGGGCUGCCAUGUUGUACGUGCCAACUCCUACAGCCCAUGGACUGGAUGAGUUAUGGUGCCAGUCACACUGGGAUGCCAUGUUGUACGUGCCAACUCCUACAGCCCAUGGACUGGAUGAGUUAUGGUGCCAGUCACACUGGGCUGCCAUGUUGUACGUGCCAACUCCUACAGCCCAUGGAUAGUAUGAAUUAUGGUGCCAGUCACACUGGGCUGCCAUGUUGUACGUGCCAACUCCUACAGCCCAUGGACUGGAUGAGUUAUGGUGCCAGUCACACUGGGCUGCCAUGUUGUACGUGCCAACUCCUUCAGCCCAUGGACUGGAUGAGUUAUGGUGCCAGUCACACUGGGCUGCCAUGUUGUACGUGCCAACUCCUACAGCCCAUGGAUUGUAUGAGUUAUGGUGCCAGUCACACUGGGCUGCCAUGUUGUACGUGCCAACUCCUACAGCCCAUGGAUUGUAUGAGUUAUGGUGCCAGUCACACUGGGCUGCCAUGUUGUACGUGCCAACUCCUACAGCCCAAGGACUGGAUGAGUGAUGGUGCCAGUCACACUGGGCUGCCAUGUUGUACGUGCCAGCUCCUACAGCCCAUGGAUUGUAUGAGUUAUGGUGCCAGUCACACUGGGCUGCCAUGUUGUACGUGCCAACUCCUACAGCCCAUGGAUUGUAUGAGUUAUGGUGCCAGUCACACUGGGCUGCCAUGUUGUACGUGCCAACUCCUACAGCCCAUGGACUGGAUGAGUUAUGGUGCCAGUCACACUGGGCUGCCAUGUUGUACGUGCCAACUCCUGCAGCCCAUGGAUUGUAUGAGUUAUGGUGCCAGUCACACUGGGCUGCCAUGUUGUACGUGCCAACUCCUACAGCCCAUGGAUUGUAUGAGUUAUGGUGCCAGUCACACUGGGCUGCCAUGUUGUACGUGCCAACUCCUACAGCCCAUGGAUAGUAUGAAUUAUGGUGCCAGUCACACUGGGCUGCCAUGUUGUACGUGCCAACUCCUACAGCCCAUGGACUGGAUGAGUUAUGGUGCCAGUCACACUGGGCUGCCAUGUUGUACGUGCCAACUCCUUCAGCCCAUGGACUGGAUGAGUUAUGGUGCCAGUCACACUGGGCUGCCAUGUUGUACGUGCCAACUCCUACAGCCCAUGGAUUGUAUGAGUUAUGGUGCCAGUCACACUGGGCUGCCAUGUUGUACGUGCCAACUCCUACAGCCCAAGGACUGGAUGAGUGAUGGUGCCAGUCACACUGGGCUGCCAUGUUGUACGUGCCAGCUCCUACAGCCCAUGGAUUGUAUGAGUUAUGGUGCCAGUCACACUGGGCUGCCAUGUUGUACGUGCCAACUCCUACAGCCCAUGGAUUGGAUGAGUUACGGUGCCAGUGUGUGUGGGAUAGACACCAUGAUGGCACUCUGGGGGUGGCACUGGGCCACCAUGGUUAUUUCCCAGCCAUUACAGCCCAUGUGUUGGGUGCCACCCGCAGUGCCCUCCAUUGGGCGCAUAAAUGGCUGAUUUUACUCCCCUAAUGAUAGAACUGUAUUUUUGUAGGGUUGUGAGAAAAUAAACCUUGGAACAUCC